AUUUCCCAUCAGCUCCCGCGACAAACGUGUUUUUAUAGGAAGUGCCCGACAGUCCAUCCGGUUGUCGAGUGGGGGGACUGAUCUGACUUGGGGAAAGCUUUUGAAAUAUUGGGAUAAACCAAUUCUAAAUGCAUGAAUUUGUCUUGCUCGGUAUUUUGUCCACCUGCCAGCCUCACGUGAAUGACGCCAGAAACACAUCUAGAUCGAUAGAAGAGCCCCAGUAGAGUGUAAGCUGCCCGGUCCCUCCCCACAGAACCCCUCCUGGACCCCCAGCCAUGAACAAGCAGCCCAGUAAAGAGAGUCUGAAGGACAAGGUAAAGGGGAUAUUUGGUUUGGGAUCCCCUCGACCCCCCAGCAAGCAGACAGAGAGCAAGCCCUCAGAGUUCAUCAUCACACUGGAUAUACUCAAGGAGCUGCACCCUGACUGUGGCCUUAGCAACAGAAUCCGGGUUGCUAACCAUGUCUCCGACCUGGCCAAGGCCAAGAAGUUUGAGGAGCAUGCAGUGGAAGCCGUAUGGAAGGCGGUGGAGGACAUGCUGACUCCAGAACAGCCACCUGAAGCUAGACAUGCUGUCCUGCUGCUCCUCAGAGCUGUCAUACAGGGACAGGGUGAGCGUCUGGGUCCUAUGCGGGCCUUCUUCUUCAAGGUGAUCAGAGACUACCAGCCGUCCAAUGAGGACCUGUCUGACAGGCUGGAGGUGUUCAAGGCCCUGACGGAGAACGGGAAGGACAUCACGUACCUGGAGGAGGACAUAGCUGGGUUUGUCCUGCUGUGGAUGGACAUUGGUCUGACCGCGGACUUCCUCCACGUCCUGGUCAACCUGGUCAAGUUCAACAGCUGCUACCUCGACCAGAACGUAUCCGUCAUGGUCCAGAAGAUCUGUCUGCUGUGUAACCGGACAACAGCCUCGACAGACAUUGAGAUGGCUCUACAGGUGCUGGAUGCGGUGGUGUGUUAUAACUGCCUCCCCUCUGACUCCCUCACCGUCUUCAUCAUCACUCUCUGUCGCACCGUCAACGUCAAGGAGUUCUGUGAGUCCUGCUGGAAGUUGAUGAGGAAGGUGUUGGGGACUCAUCUGGGCCAUAGUGCCAUAUACACCAUGUGCCGUAUCAUGGAGGAGAGGGCGUAUAUGGAGGAUUCUCCAUUGCUGAGAGGAGCAGUGUUCUUCGUAGGGAUGGCUCUAUGGGGGGCGCACCGUCUCCCAGCCUUAAAGAACACCCCUACCCUGGUCCUCCCAUCAUUCUAUAAGGCGAUGUGGUGUGCCAACGAGAUGGUGUCGUAUGAGAUCGUUCUGUCCAUCACCAGACUGAUAAAGAAGUAUGGCAAGGAACUCCAGGUGGUCACAUGGGACAUACUGCUGGGGAUCAUAGAGAGGUUACUACAGCAGAUUCAGUCGAUAGGCAGUGCAGAGCUGAAGUCCAUAGUGUUUGAGUUGCUGACUACAGUGGAGGAGCUCUAUGAGCAGAACGGCUUCCAUGGAUCAUCUGACAAGUUCUUCAGUCUGGUGGAGAAGUGUGCUGACAAAAGACCUGAUGCGUCGGUGCUGACUCUGAUAUCGUACCGGGCCCAGUCCAUCCAGCCAGCUAAAGACGGGUGGAUCCAGAGCCUACACCGCCUUAUGGAGAAGUUCUUCAGGAAUGAGAGUCGUAGUGUGAUCAGGAUCAAAGUGCUUCACAUCCUCUCCUUUGUCCUCAGCACCAACCGCCAACUCUACGAGGAGGAGCUGAUCGAGGUGGUGGUGGUUCCUCAGCUCAGUGGGAUAGCAGAGGACAGAGACCUGGCUGUGAGGAGACAGGCUACCCAGCUACUGGUGGACCUGGCUGAGAGCUGUAGUACACACCACUUCACCAGCCUCCUGGACAUCAUUCAGAGGGUGGCGAGUCGUUCGCUGGUGUGCCCAGGGCCCCUGGAGGUGUCGGAGAGAGACCCCACGGCAGAAUCCCCCAUGGAGGAUGUCAGGACGGCUAUACGAGGCCUACUGGAGAUACUGCAGAGUAAGCUGUACAGCCUGCCAGCCAGCCACGCUAGUCGAGUGUACGAGCUGCUGAUCGGACACCUGCAGCUGCACUACAAGAGCAAGUACAGCUCCGCUGUGGCCUGCAGCAUACGACUACAGGUGUUUGACUUCCUCCUGAUGAUGAGAACUGACUCCCUCCAUCGUCUGGGGUUCCUCAGUAAAGACGGGGUUCUGAGGUUCAGUCCGUACUGCCACUGUGACAUGGGGGAGCCAGAGAAACGAGGGAGUGAGAAGAAGCCUGCAGGCUCAGUGUCUCCCCCUGCUGGCAGUCCUGCCCCCUCCUCCUCCACCACCACUGCCCCCUCCUCCUCCAUCCGUACAGCCUGCCUGCCCUACUCACCUGCCUUUAAUGUGCUGCUACAGUGCCUGAAGAUGGAGACAGACUGGAAGGUGUUGAAGCUGGUACUAGACAAGAUGCCCUGGACCCUGCAGUAUAAAGUCCUGCUGCUGUCCUCUCCCUGCAGCAUAGACCAGCUCUGUUCUACACUCUGUUCUAUGGUGACAGACCGUCUUAUCUCAGAGCGUCUGAAGAAGACUCCAGAUGGUUUCAGUCGUACUGAUGUCCAGCUGGCUGUAGUACCUGUUCUCACUGCUAUCACAUCAUACCACAACUACCUAGAACAGGCCAGACAGAGGGAGUUGGUUCAGUGUCUGGAAGCAGGGCUGAUAUACCGCUGUGCCAAGCAGUGUGUGGUUGCCCUGACAAUGUGCACCGUGGAGAUGCCUGACAUCAUGAUUAAACUCCUCCCCGCCCUCAUCGUCAAGCUGACGCACAUCUCGGCAACCGUCGCCAUGGCGUCACCCAUGCUGGAAUUCCUGUCCACUCUGGUGCGGCUGCCACAUCUCUAUGCUUACUUUGUAGCAGAGCAGUAUGUCAGUGUGUUCGCCAUCUCCCUGCCCUACACCAACCCCUCCAAGUUUAACCAGUACAUUGUGUCGUUGGCUCACCAUGUCAUCUCCAUGUGGUUUAUCCGCUGCCGACUCACCUUCAGAAAGGACUUUGUGCAGUACAUCACCAAGGGUCUGCGCUCUAAUGCUCUGAUGCCGUUCGAUGACACCCAGGACACUCAGAGCAGCUUCCGUGCUCGCAGCACCAGCCUCAAUGAGAGGCCCAAGAG